CGUCAUCAAAGGUCCUUUAGCCUACUAGGCUAGUACUUCCUAACGUCUCAUCUGAGUAGUCUCUUCACUUCCCCGUUCCCAGCGUAGACAAUGAAGGACCAGGAAAUGCAAACUUGCACAACAUCUGUACUUCCAGCCUCCCCCAACCCCAGCAGCUCUGCUGCCCCCCUAAAUACCCCUGAAGGACAAGGUACAGCAGCUCCUAGCACUACUGCUAGCCAAGGUGAGGGAGUCGCUUCUCAUGCCCCACCUACAUGUGAUGUUUCUGAAGAACUCAGCAGGCAGCUAGAAGAUAUAUUGAAUACAUACUGUGUGGAUGCUGGCCAAGAAGGGGUGGCAGACUCUGAGGAGACUGACAAAGGGCCUCCAGAGUCUGCUAAGAAUGAAGAGGCCGAGUCUGUGGUGCCAGAAGUUAAUGGAGUAAAGGGGGAACUACGUGGAGCAGAAGACAACCGGAGAAUAGUUGACAUAGAUAAGGAUCAGAAGCGCGUGCAUGACAAGAAGAAAGCAAAGGGGCUUGGAAAGGAGAUCACCCUCCUAAUGCAGACCUUAAACACACUAAGCACCCCAGAAGAAAAACUGACUGCCCUGUGUAAGAAAUAUGCAGAACUGUUAGAAGAACAUAGAACUUCUCAAAAGCAAAUGAGAAUCCUCCAGAAAAAGCAGACCCAGCUCAUCCAGGAGAAGGACCAGCUUCGUAAUGAGCAUAGCAAGGCCAUUCUAGCUCGUAGUAAACUGGAGAGUCUGUGUCGGGAGCUGCAGAGGCACAACCGAACGUUAAAGGAGGAGGGUGUACAAAGAGCCCGUGAGGAAGAAGAGAAACGAAAGGAGGUGACAUCUCAUUUCCAGCUGACACUGAAUGACAUCCAGACUCAAAUGGAGCAACACAAUGAGCGCAACACUAAGCUGCGCCAGGAGAAUGUGGAACUAGCUGACAGGCUGAAGAAGCUGAUAGAGCAAUAUGAACUGAGGGAGGAGCACAUUGAUAAAGUAUUUAAACACAAAGAUCUUCAGCAGCAGCUAGUGGAUGCGAAACUGCAGCAGGCUCAAGAAAUGCUCAAGGAAGUGGAGGAGCGUCAUCAGAGGGAGAAGGAUUUUCUAUUGAAGGAAGCUGUGGAGUCCCAACGCAUGUGUGAGCUCAUGAAGCAGCAGGAGACCCACCUCAAGCAGCAAUUGGCCCUGUAUACCGAGAAGUUUGAGGAGUUUCAAAACACUCUUUCUAAAAGCAAUGAAGUCUUCACAACCUUUAAACAGGAAAUGGAAAAGAUGACUAAAAAAAUUAAGAAGUUGGAGAAGGAGACAACCAUGUACCGAUCAAGAUGGGAAAGCAGUAAUAAGGCUCUGCUUGUGAUGGCUGAAGAGAAAACUGUUUGUGACAAAGAGCAGGAGGCUUUGCAGGCCAAGAUCCAAAAAUUAGAAAAACUCUGCCGGGCACUACAGACAGAGCGUAAUGAUCUGAACAAGAAGGUGCAGGGUCUCAGUGGACCUCCAGCCACCUCUACAGAGACCACUCCCGAUGAUUGUAUGAGUUGUACAGCACCCACCAGCAGUGAGAAUGUAGAACUGAACAGCGGUGGUGUGUGUGGGCAGAAUGCACUGCAAGUCACUGCACCGUCUUCUUUUCCAGCUGCCACGACUGAAUAACAUGGAUGGGAAUGAAUGCAUCAUAUGUAACGUCAUCAUUCCUUUUAUAAAAUGGCUUCCAAUUUUAUACUCGCCUUACACCUCACCCUUUAUCUUGCUUUUAUGUUAUUGUUUUGAGUUUGGUUAUUUUGUUGUUUUACUUUCCAAAUAGUCAUAAAGCAGUCUGUAUAACGUACAGCUGUGGCAGUCUACUUUGUAGCCACAUUAAUUCUGCAGGUUACCCAUGCGCAGCAUAGUUCAUAUUGUUGUCAAACACUAUUUUGUCCUGAUUCAUUUUAAAGGAAAUAAUUUAAUAAAAAUACGACAUUCUAACUAGUAGUGUAAAAUAUUUACAUCUGCCAGAAACUGCGGUGAAAGAUUUCAACUAAGACUUUUGUUUCUCAUCAGUCAGUGAUGCAUGAAAAUGAACCUGAAGCUUUCAUCAUGCAUGCAAUGUGAAAGAGUCAGUGUUUUAUAUUCUACCUCUGGGGUACUUGCGUGACACCUUGUAGACGAUGCCAGCUCAGCUCUCGACUAGGAAAGGGGAUGUAUAAAAUAUGAUGCAGAGUAAGAGUUGGCAAUGGCAGUUUAUUUAGUUUUGGUUUUCUAACUUGACAAUGCGAGCUGGAAUCUGGUUGCCAUGUAUUUUUAGAUACAAUGGCCCAGAUUUAUCAAACUGUGUGAGAGAAAGUAGAGUCACUUUCCCACAGCAACCAAUCACAGCUCAGCUAACGAGCUGAGGUAAAGUGAAAGCUGAGCGGUGAUUGGUUGCUAUCGAAAAACCUCUCCACUUUUUCUCUCACACAGUUUGAUAAAUCUGGGCCGAUAACUCUACUUUACAGUAAAUGUUGCAAACUAAGUAGUGACAAUGCCUCAUGAAGAAGCUUAUGAGAACACCGUACUGGAUUGUAGAUGGUAUAAAAGUACUGCAGUUUGUAGGGUUUCCCAGUUAAAGAUUUUUUGGGUAAUUUUUGAAAGUAAGGCCUUCUUGGUUUUUAUCCCAUUGUCCCUCUGUUAUCAUGGACAAUACAUUUCUUUGGCAUGGUUUCCUUUUUCUUCCCAUUAAAGGGGGUUGUAUAAGAUUAGAAAAAAAAAAGUCUAGUUUAUUUUCGCCCUAAAAAUGGUGCCACUCUUGAUUGAUUUUCACUUCAAACACAAAAGCCCGCCUUCUGUACUAUCAAAUCCAUUUAUCUUUAAUUUAGUUCAAUCUUUUGGAGCAGCCCCUGUUAGCAUGCCUAUGUGGAAUAAAUAUGAACUGUACCUUGCUCGUAUUUAUUGCCACUGCCCUGUCAAUGACUAUGCUCAACCUGUGAUGUAUCAUUCUUUUUGCAUCAGUAUAUUUUGCAGCAUUAUUAUUACUGAAUGUACUAUCACAACGUGCUGCUGUAAGCGUUACUAUGUGUUCUUGCACAUAAAUAUAUUCUGCUUAGUGUUGAAUUCUUUAUUAUGCACACACAAAGUGUUUAGGUAUCACAACGGUUUUUGUUGUCUCAAGUUCUGACAAUAUUUCAGUUUUUAUGUCUUUAUAAUUGAAAGAAAAUCCUUUUGACUCUUUAGUGUCUUUUCUAAAGACCACUCCAUAUGUCAUAUGGCUUAUUACAGAAUAUAUUUGCUUUUCAUGAAUCAGAAUGAGAGCCAAUAUUUCCUAGAAUUCUCUUUGGUAGUGCCUUGGAAAAAUAUUCCAUAGCUUAAGUCAGUAAGGAAACAAGGCAAAUUGAAUCCCACCUUUAACAUACUAUGAAUAAAAUGUGUAGUAAUCAUUUACUUACAGACUGGUCUUUAAAUCAGUUAACCAGUAUGUAAUUGAUGGAAAUUGCUGCUACAUUUCAGGGGCCCAUUAGUUGUCUAAUGGAGACCAUAAUCAAAGCCUCCUCGGCUCACCACCUGUACUGUAAUGUUCAGAGGCUCUUGUGUGGUUACAUAUGUACCCCAGCACUUAGGUACCAAAGAGAUUGUCCUACUCUGUGAGUUAGGCAAGCAGGUUGAUCUUCAUUGUUAUGGUGGAAAUAGUGUAUUACUGAAAAUAAAUAAAUUGUGGCUUUCU